AUGGCGAGCAGGGUAGACCGUUGCGAGGAGAGUGGAGGCCACCCAGAUGCACACGAUGGCGGCGCAUGCGAGGCUGAAACAGAUGAUGACAUAGUCAAGGCCGAUACGGAUGACGGGGAGGACAGAAGCGGCGAGGGAGAAAUAAUCGACGAUGACAAGGCUUUUCAAUGUUCUGACAGAUCAUUGAGCAAAAGAGAGAGGGACGACUAG